AUGGUGUUUUCUCUUUCUUCUUCUUCCUCCUCCAUAGCAAAAAAUCCAUAUUGUAAUGGUUCAUAUCAUCCUUACACUAGUAUCAAAAGCAUCCAAGUCGGGAAAAAGUUAUCUACAAAAUGCGAAUUGCAAGAAACUAAUUCAGAAGACAACAACAAGAAGAAAAAACUUGAAGUAGGUUCUCCAAUAGUGUUCAUUGCUGCUCCAAAAGCCAUAAAAACAUCUACAGCUAUCCCUUGCCUUAGAGUUAAUACUGGCUUGGUCAAACCCGGUGAUGUUGGAAGGAUUGUAUCAAGGAAACCCAAGGAUGUAUGGGUUGUUCGCCUAAACAUUGGUACAUAUCUAAUAGAUGGCAAAUACUUCAAGGCUUUGGAGUUUGAUGAGUGA